AGGAACCGUCGGAAUUUUUUGCUCACCUCCACGCCUCAGAAAUCAACCUGGAAAACUCCCUCCCAAUCACGUCCAACGCGUUUAUGUUUAUUGGCUUUUUACCGGCGAUCGCAUGUGUCCUGCUAUGGCACGGACUGCACUCUGAUACCGUUUUCAGAUGUCCAACCAGCCCCUUGUUACAUCUUGCGCUAUUCCCUUGUGCACAACCACAACAACCGAGCCAGUCUUCUCUGCUCGCUAUCAUGGAAUUACCUGUUCAGCAUCUUCAACAAGUUGCUUGCUCUCUUAUGGCUACAGCCCCUUGUUCCUAAUACUCACCUCACGACAGCUCUUUGCGUUUGAGUCGUCUGGCUAGACGCUACUCGCAGUCUUUGGGGCUUGGAUCUUGCCUCUUGUCUUUCUUGCUUCUAGCUUCGCCUGGAUGAAGAUAAAAGGACAGCCUUCUGCUGCCUUGUGCGUCAUUCACCAACUUUGUACUUUGGUAGUUUCAUCUCCAUCUA